AAUCCUUCUACUACUUGUUCCACUUCCACUUUCCGCCGAAGCUCAGACCUCUGGCAACUUGACAUUGGGCAUCUCGUUAAAAGCGAAUGACAGGAACUCUUCCUGGCUUUCGCCGUCGGGCGAGUUCGCCUUUGGGUUCCGGAGAAUGGGAAGAGGAGCUCAUUUGUUGGCUAUAUGGUUCGAGAAAAUAGAGGACAGAACCAUAGUCUGGUCGGCAAAUGGCGGUAAUCUAGCACCCAAAGGUUCGACAGUCCAGUUGACCGCCGACAACGGACUGGUGCUUGCCGACCAAAAGCUACUGUACUCUUGGAGACGAUCAGAGGCCCCGAUGCCAAUGCCCACCUGGAUAUACUCCGUAAGAUUCAAUGAAUGCGAUGAAUGAAUGUGGACAGGACUUCGUACCACAGAGUUGUAACGAAGUAGGCCUGAAACAGACCAGUUCGCUUUGCACGAAUUGCUCAAUAGAAACUGGCCACAGCCUGAUUACGAGCAUAGCGCGGCACAAAUGGAGGACUGGUGCGGACAGGCUUGCUUGGCUGAUUGUUUUUGCGCAGUCGCCAUUUUCAGCAACGGAGUUUGCUGGAAAAAGAAGAUCCCUCUUUCAAAUGGAAGGAUGGAUCCUGAGGAGGUUGGGAAAGCUUUGAUCAAGGUCAGGAUACAUAACACGACUUCAAAAUGUACAGCAAAUGGCCAAUAGAAAAACACGAAUACGACUCUGAUGAUCAUCGGAUCAGUGCUGUUGAGUAGCUCUGUCUUUGUGAACUUGCUUUUACUCCUCAUUACCUAUUUAAUUUAUAGAAGCUUCCGAUCUAGGGACUCUAAGUUGUCACGACCAGUCCAGAUCAACAAAGCCACAGGCACACAGACUUUCACUUAUCAGGAGCUUCAACAAGCAACAGAUGGAUUCAAAGAAGAACUGGGUAGGGGUGCUUUUGGAACAGUGUACAAAGGUGUUCUCGGAUCCAAGGAAACAAACUUUGUGGCGGUAAAAGUGUUGGAGAUGAGGACUGGAGAAAGCGAAAAGGAGUUCGAAAGAGAAGUCAGUGCAAUUGCCCAAACAAACCACACGAACUUAGUGCAGUUGCUUGGAUUCUGCAAUGAAGGUCAACACCGACUACUGGUGUAUGAAUUCAUGAGCAACGGCAGUUUGGCAGAUUUUCUAUUUGGCGCUUCAAGGCCCAGCUGGUACAAAAGAGUAGAAAUUGCCUGUGGUGUUGCGUGGGGGCUCUCUUACUUGCAUGAUGAUUGCACCAGGCAUAUAAUCCACUGCGACAUCAAGCCGCAAAAUAUUCUUCUUGAUAGCACUCUCGCCGCAAAAAUAUCAUACUUCGGGUUGGCUAAGCUCUUGAUGGCCAACCAAACACGAACCACCACCGGAGUCAGAGGAACGAGAGGUUAUUUAGUGCCAGAAUGGUUCAGGAAUAUGCCUAUUUCUGGUAAAGUAGACGUUUACAGCUUCGGCAUUUUGUUGCUAGAGCUCAUCUGCUGUAGAAAGAACUACAAGCCGGAAGUGGAAACUGAAGCUCAAGUUGUGCUGGUCGACUGGGUGUAUGAUUGCUACCAUGACGUGAACAUAAUUGUGCUGGUGGAGAGUAACGAGGAGGCAUCAAGUGACAUGAGAAGGGUGAGAAGAUUUGUGAUGAUGGCAUUGUGGUGCAUCCAGGGAGACCCAGCUUUGAGGCCAACCAUGAAGAAAAUCACUCAGAUGUUGGAAGGAGCUGUUGAAGUCCCAGUCCCCCCAGUUCCAAGCUCUUUUAUUAGUUGAAUAUGAUUUUGCUUGUUAGGACAACUGGUGCCUGUGUAAUUAUGAAAAGUAUUAGUAUUGUCUGUGACUGCUAUUAAGCCAGAAUAAACUUUUUUAUAAUGUCUUC